CACUAUUACUUUCUCUCUCUCUUUCUCUCUCUCUCUCUCUCUCUCUCUCUCAAACCUUACCUUAACUUCCCAGAAAAACAGACCAUCUUGCCUCAAACUUUUUUAUAUUCUUUCUUCUGUGCUAAAAUGGCUGCUUCUGGUUUUGAGGGCUUUGAGAAGCGCAUAGAGCUCCACUUCUUCGGCGACGACCCUUUAUUCACGGGCUCGAUGGGUCUCAGAAAUCUGGACUUCGAGUGCUUGGAGGAAGUACUCCACGCGGUGCAGUGCACGGUGGUCUCGGCCGUGGCCAAUCGCCACUUUGACGCCUACGUUCUGUCGGAGUCGAGCCUCUUCGUCUACCCGACCAAGAUCAUCAUCAAGACAUGUGGGACCACCCAGCUGCUGAAAGCCGUCCGUCCGUUGGUCCACCUGGCCAGCGAUCGCCUCGGCCUCACGGUGCGCAUGUGUAGGUACACCAGAGGUAGCUUUAUCUUCCCCAAAGCCCAGCCUUUCCCUCACACAAGCUUCGAAGAGGAAGUCAUCUUCUUGGAGGAGAAUUUGCCGAGCAGGCUUUGCUUUAGAAAGGCCUGUGUCAUGCCCUCCAAUGUGUCCUCUCAUUCGUGGCAUGUCUUCACUGCUUGUGAUGGUGAUGAUGAUGAUGACUCAUCUCAUCAUCAUGAGCUAGGGGAAGAUCAUAAUGAUGCCCUCUACACCAUUGAGGUGUGCAUGACCGAGCUCGACCGGGCUUCGGCUCGUAAGUUCUUCCGUAGAGGGGCAGGGGAUGAUGAGAAGUACUCUGGGGACUCUGUCGGGAGGGAGAUGACAGGGCUCACUGGGAUCGGAGACAUCAAUCCGAGGGCUCUCAUUUGUGAUUUCGGGUUCGAUCCAUGCGGGUACUCCAUGAACGGAAUCGACGGCGACCGUUACUCGACAAUACACGUGACCCCUGAGGACGGGUUCAGCUAUGCGAGCUAUGAAUGCGUCGGGUCGAUCUACGAUGACCCGCAUGAAAUUUCUAGGGUUCUGAAGAAGGUGGCGCAGGUCUUCCGACCUGGGACAGUGUCGGUGGCUACUACUUGCGCUAGCCACGACGUGUGGAGAAGGGUGGCCAAGGCCCUAGAGCUUGUCGGGCUCAAAUGCCGGAGUUGCUCGGCCGACGAAUUCCCUGCCGCCGGGACCAUCGUCUUCCAAACGUUCACGACGACCCGCCGUAAGUGAGAAGCGCUGGCAAAGUUCUCCGGUUAGAAGGUAGAGAGUUUGAGAGGGGUAAAAAGGAGUAAUUAUGAGAGAGGGAAGGGGGAAUGACUAGGGUUUUAGAACAAUUGG